CCUGCGUCACUUUUGCUGGUGGUGCCACCCGUGACCUGCCCGCCCGCUCAGCAGCGGUGCUCAGGGGUGGGCUUGCAACUUGUAAUUUCUAGAAGAUCUGUGAACCGAGCAGACAGAUUUGGUGUUGGGCCCAGGGUUGCUUGCACGUGCCCCACCAUGCUCUGAGGGGACCGGCGGAAUUGCAUGUCCUGCCGCUCAUGACAGGAUGACUUCGCAGAGUUGCCAGAGGGGUCCAGAGAGUGCACACAUGCCCCACAGGGGGCCAUGCCAUACUGCUCUCCGCAGUCCUGGCUCUUCACCGUGUGGCUGCGGCCUCAGACCACCCAAGACACGCGGAGGGCACGGCAAGCCAGUCAAGUCCAGCACUGCGGGCUCCUCCUGGGCUGCAGCGUGCCUGGCUGUCUUGCUGGGGCUGCUCUGGCUGCAGCACGUGCCCGUGGCAGGCGUGUUGGAAGUGAAGACCGCGGAGACGACACAGGUGGUAUCCCUACACGACAAUGUCACUGUACUCUGUGAAAUCCCUGGUUCACCCCGACUGGACAUCACGACCGUGGGAAUCAUCUGGUCUUUGAAGAAUGAGAGGAAUGAAUCCGAGGUCCCGAUAUAUGAGUUUUACGGAAAUCACCUGAAGGUGUUGCGACCUGGAGCCAAUGUGUCGCUGCUGGGGCUAGAGCGGGGUGACGCCUCCCUCCACCUGCCCAGCAUCAAGCUGAGUGAGGCGGGAGAGUACCGAUGCAAGCUGGUGGUCACCCCUGAAAAGGCAGAGGGAACGGCCAGGAUAGAUGUUGUGGCUGACCCGGCCUUAGAAUUGUUUGUGGAACCAGCUACACAGAGAAAUGGUGAACGGCUUAUAUGCAAGCUGGAUGGAUUCUACCCAGAAGCCUUUGACAUACAGUGGGAGAGACGCGCCCUGAAGGACUCCCACUUCCAAGUGAUUACCGAGGGCAUAAUCACUGGUCCCACUGUGAGGAAUGAUGAUGGCACCUUCAGUGUUACCAGCUCCUUGGUCCUGAAACCAGCUCUGGAAGACCAUGAGGUUAUCUACUACUGUGUGGUGUCACACAGAUCCUUUCAUGUCCCCAAGAAGCUUAAUGUUACACUGCCUAAGAAAGGAUCUGUGGAGAUAUAUGUUACCAUUGUUGGUCCCUGUGUCCUGCUGGGUGUGGUGCUGAUUUUGACAAAAGUUUUUUGCCCCUGGACAUGGUAAGACCCUACAAGACAAAGCCCAGCUGUGAUCAAGGUGCUGCGUGUCAUCUUGCAGGAACCCUUAAGUGAAGAAAAGCCACAAAGCCUGUGGCUUGGCCUGAACCUUUGCAGCUAUCUCUUCCUUUUGUCCUUCAAGUGGGCAGCCCCUUGACUGGGGUCCAGCUGUUUGACGGGCUGUUUGCUAAGAAAGCUUAAGCUGUAAUUUUUUAAAGAUCAAUUUUUAGGAUUAUUUUCUACAUGAUAUACUUAAUCAUGAAAACACAGUAUGCCAGAACUUCCAGUGAAAAUGGUCUGCGGGGGACAUUUCCAGCUCUAAGUGCCUAUUAAUAUAAAUAACUUAAUGAUGCAUCAUUAAGGACCUUGGAAAAACAAGCUCAAGCCAAACCCUAAAUCUAUGGUUGUAAAGAGUUAAGAUUAGGACAUAAGUUAGGAGAUUAAUCAAAUGGAAACAAAAAAGCAUGUUAAUGACUCCAAGGAACAAAGGGUUUGUCCUUUGUAAAUCUGAUCAACAAAUCCUUACCCAGGCUACCUGGCAGGAAGCAAAGCCCACUUUACUAAAGUCAGAACCACUCAGAAACUCAGGGAAUCACUAGGACAUUCUUUAAAAACAGAUAUUCCACUAAAUUAGAAAAUUUUAAAGUAUUGGAUGAAUUACUUGGUGCAUAUAAUCUACCAGAAUUAAACCCAGAUGAGAUAAAUAAUUUAAACAAAUCUGUUAGGGCCAGGCGGUGGUGGCGCACGCCUUUAAUCCCAGAACUCGGGAGGCAGAGGCAGGUGGAUCUCUGUGAGUUUGAGGCCAGCCUGGUCUACAGGGCUACACAGAGAAACCCUGUCUCAAAAAACAAAAUAAAACAAACGAACAAAAAAAGACCCAGAAACAAAACAAAACAGACAAACAAAAAACAGAAGCAAAAAACCCCAGAUCUGUUAGCAGCAGUGAGAUUGAUGUAAUAAUAAUGAUAAUGAUAACAACAACAGUGUCUCCAGAUAAUGCAGCGUUCAGGCCCUGACAGACUCACUGGCGAAAGCUACCAGAUCUUCAGCAAAGUGCUCAGACCAGCCCUUCUGAAGACAGAAAAGGUCGUACAAACUCAGCAUUAGCGUCAUACCAAAACUAGAUGGAGACACAACAAGAAAGGAAAUAUUUUUUUAACAUUUAUUAUUUAUUUAUUUAUUGCAUGCGUGUGAGCUUACCCGUGCAUGUGGAGGUCAGAAAAAACAUUACUGUGUUUUCAUAAAGUCAGGCAGGAGACAAGGAUGUCCACUUUCUCUCCUUUUACUCAAUGUACUUCUUGGAGUCUUAGCUAGGGCAGUGUGACGAAAGUUACAAAUCAUUAUGUAUACCUGUCUGUUUACCAGUCAUCUGUCUGUCUGUCUGUCUGUCCGUCUGUCUGACUGUAUGUAAUCAAGGCAAAUAGAAGGAGUAUCAGGACCAGUAAGAUGGCUCAGCCUGGGCACCUGAGUUCCAUUCCCAGAAUAUAAGUGAAGGUAGAAGGAGUUGUAUAGUUGCCCUCUGACCUCCACACACUCCCCAUGGCACGCCCUCCCCAUCGUGCACGCACACAAUAAGACAAGGACUGUGGAUUGUAGAUAGGAGAGGACACACCAAGGUCUCCUCGUGUGCAAGUGACAAGAAUGAGGACCUCAGCAACUCCCCCAGCACACCGCUUACACUGGUGUUUCCUUAAAUGACCUGUUUGGAAGCAACUUUUGUGCUUUCCGUGUCUGUGACCAGGACCUUGUAAAGCUGUGUAUGUGGAUUUGAUGUGUUAUUCAGACGUUUACAAAGCCGAGUGGCCCUUGGUUGCUCUCUUUUAUGUGAAAUAUAUUGUGACCAAGGGAAGACUUGACAAGCACAGCCCUGCUAUUUGAAGCUCUUAUCUACCUCUGUUUGCCUUGAAAUGAGUGUUUUGUUAUAUGUAUGAGAUGCAUUUGCACUGCAGAGAAACGGUCUGUUUGUGGACCUUACAGUUUUACAGUGUAGACCUGCUGGCCAAAGAGUCUUAAGUUAUUCUUCUCUGACAGAGAAGAGAUUUCUGUGCAAUGACCAUGAUCAAUUCUGGCUCCCUAACUUGCUAAAGGUUUUUGUGUUCUGUUGUGUUACAUAAGCCUUCUAAGAUGCAAAGCUUGGGGGAACAGGAAGUCAAUGCCCUCCAAACUAGAACUGCUAAUGGUGCUUUCUGAGGCAGGAUAGAAAAACAGGGGAGAAUAUGGGGAGAGGAUGGAACCCCUGCUCUGGAGUCUGGUCGGAGCCUCUCACCAGCUUAAAAGAAAGUUUUGGCGUAAUUCAUAUUGUUAACAACAGGGACAUUUAUGUUAAGAGUGUUAAAAUAGCAAUACACCAGGUCUCCGUGUACAGGGUCCCAGGCAAGGCCUCCCUCCUCCCCAUGGGUUUUGUGAACCUCCCGACAAAAAUAGCUUUGUUUACAGUGGGAUGUUCUAACUGCCUGUAUCUCUGCAUCCUAUACUUGUCCCCCUGCCAGGUGCACCUCAGGGAUCAUCCUUUGGAGACAGUGACUUCCAAAGCCAUCAUAAUUCUGUGUAUAAUUUAGACACAGCACUACACACCUUUAAUGUAGCCCUUGGAGUCAGAUCUCUGAAUUUGAGGCUAGCUUGAUCCACACGGUGGCUCCCAGGCCAGCCAGGGCUAUGCCAUGAGACCUUGCCUUAGACAAGUACAAUAGAUAGUAAACUCCAUGUAGUAACAUUGUAAAACCCAUGAAGGAAGCUUGCUGCCGAUUUUAUUUUUUUUUCUUUCUCUCAAGUGCCUUUUUUUUGGUCCUUGUGUUGAAAUGUUUGGUAAAAAUCUCUUUGUAAUAAACUCCAAAUAUCCUUCA